UGUCCUUCCAUAUCGCAAAAGAUAUCCCUCCUCCCUUUAAUUGCAUAUAUCUGAGAAUCACCCUUUUUAUUGAUUUAAACUUUGGAAAUCUCAAUCUUCAUCUUUUUGAUUGAAAUCAACAUGAAGCAUCCAGGCAAGCUUAGAGUGUUUCUUCCAAAUUUGAUAAUACUUGUAACCAUCCUUCUCCAUUCAACAUGGAUUAAUGCACAGGAAGUUGAGGAUGAGAGUGAGUUUGAUUACAUAAAAGGGAGUGAGAAGGGUCCCUCACACUGGGGGGAACUGAAGAAGGAAUGGGAAACAUGUAAAAGUGGCAAAAUGCAAUCUCCAAUUGAUUUGUCAAGCCACAGAGUGAGAGUGGUGCCAAAGUUAGGGGAGCUUAAGAAGUACUAUAAGCCUCAGAAUGCCACUGUCAAGAACAGAGGCCAUGAUAUUGAGCUGAAAUGGGAGGGAGAUGCUGGAUCAAUAAACAUCAACGGCACCGAGUUUUUUCUGCAUCAAUGCCAUUGGCAUUCACCUUCAGAACAUACAAUCAAUGGCAGGAGGUAUGACUUGGAGCUCCACAUGGUUCAUGAAAGCAAAAGAAUAAACGGGAAAGGCAAAAUUGCUGUUGUUGGACUUUUCUAUAAGAUUGGACGGCCCGAUUCUGUUCUCAACAAGUUGUCAAAAUUUAUAAAAACCAUGGUGGAUGAAGAAGAAGAAAAGAACAUUGGGGCGUUCGAUCCCUCAAAAAUUAAGUUGGGUGGCAAGAAAUACUACAGAUACAUGGGCUCUCUCACUGUCCCUCCUUGCACAGAAGGUGUCAUUUGGACUAUUAAUAAAAAGAUAAGAACUGUGUCGAGGGCUCAAGUCAAUUUACUUAGAGAGGCUGUCCACGAUCAUGCAGAGAAGAAUGCCAGACCUAUACAACCCCUGAAUAGACGAGGGAUACAACUCUAUGCCCAAAAGCGGAAGGAUUAAUAAUUAGCCACAUAAUUUAAUUUUGUCGACAAUGAUAUUUAUUUGUCUGUUAAUAAUUCUUUGAUUAUUAGUCGUCGUUCCUAUAUAUAUAUAUAGUCCUAUCUUGUUUUCUAGCAUUUUGCUUUUUAUUCCUCUCUUAUUAUGAUUUUGUAUACUCAUGCGAUCAUGGUUGUAAUAAUCAUAUAAAAUACUACAAUAAUUACAUAUU